GAGGGGAAGGUGGGGGCUGCGAAGAGAAGCCGACUGCAUGUGUGUAGCCGAGAGAAAGAAAGAGGAUAUUGAAAAAGGGAAGGGAGGAGCAGACAGAGAUAAUAAGAAAGGAAAAAGGAGAGAACAGAAAGCGUCGGCCAUAAGAAGAGGCAAGAGAAUGAGUAACGCGUGUGCUACGCUGGGGGGAGGUGUGCUGUGUGUCUGCGGCUGGCUGUGUGUGCGUGCGUGAAUGCAUGUAUGUGUAUUUCGCUACUCGCUCUGUCUGUGCGCUGCACAGACUGGAACAAAUAAAAAGGAAUACAACCCAACGAGGCCGGAUAGCUUGUGGGCUGCUCUGCCGGCAAGCAAUUCUCAUGCUCCUCUCUGUCUCCUCUUCUGCUUUCUGCUCUCCGACCGGCAGCUCUGUCUGGACGUCUAGGACCACACUGUUUGCAAAGUCACUUCAGUGGAUGGCCCCAGAAGUGGAGGCCAGAUGGAAAUUGGGUCACAUGACCGCCUCAAGGAAGGCGCACUGAGCCUGGAACUGGCCAAUGGGGUGAGUCGCUACCCUAAUGAUGAUGAGGCAUCUAUGGAAACAGAGCAGCAGAGAGCAGGCAGUGUGCCUCCAAGGCAGUGCUGGGUGACAGGACAUGGCAAGGUCAGUGACACCCAACAACGGCAACCAUGUUGGAACACCAGCAGUAGUACAACCCCUGGUGAACCUGUCCACCAUGCAGACAUGGAGGAUGCCCACAAUCUGGUGGCUUUUUCUGCUAUUGCUGGCUCCUUGCCUCCUUCUUCUUCCUCCUCCUGCCUGCUUGUGCAGCCUAACACAACCCAGCUGUAUGAGAACUUCAUCCGGGAUAUGGGUGCUGAGGGGUCUCAGGCCAGACCCUCUGCAGGGGCUCCUGAGGGAAGCUGCCAACCUCCAGAAGACCUGAACUCCCUACAGACAGCACUGAGCCAAGCCAAACAUGGACAUAAGCCCCCUAACUGCAACUGUGAUGGGCCUGACUGUCCAGACUACCUUGAGUGGCUAGAGAAGAAGAUUAAGUUGGCAGCUGGUGAUGAUCAAGGUACCUGCAAAAUGGCUGAUGCCCCCCCACAUUCACAGCCUCACCUCCAGCAACCCCAUUUGCAGCAUCACCAUCAGUCCUAUCCCCAGGUGAAUGGUGGACAUCGCCUGUCUACUUCAUACCCCCAGCAGCAGCAAGGAACUCAAGGCCCUCACUCAGACAAAGUGCCCUGCCCCAAACCCCCAAUUCCCUGCUCUCCCCAGGUGCUCUCCAUAGCCAAGGAAAAGAACAUCAGUCUUCAGACAGCCAUCGCCAUAGAAGCCCUGACCCAAUUAUCUGGUACUGGUCCGCAAGCUGCUGGCUCUCCAGUUCAAGCCCCCUAUAAUAGUAACCUCCAUCACCACCAACAUACCCAGAACCUCCCAUCUCAGCCCCCAAAUGGCACUAGCUUGAUCCCGUCCUCUCCUGGAACUUACUCAUCCUCUUCACGCUCUCAAUCCGUCCCUCCAGGACUACACACCAGCCAACAGGCUCCAGUGCCCUGUGAGCACCACAGGCCCCAGUCACAGGGCCAGCCUCCCCAUGCUGCCCCACUCCCUUCCUCUACCUCUCCCUUUCCAGGUCAGGGAAAACCUCCAAGCUUCAACCCUAACCUCCAGCAGUGGCAGCAAGGCUCAGGCAGGCAGGCAGGCAACCCAUGGAUGUGUAUAAAGUCUGAGCCCCAGUCUCACUAUGCUGCUGCACCUCACAGUAGUUCAGACCCCAUGUCAGAGCUUAAACAGCUGCUUGGUGACACCAGUGGCAAGUUCAGCAAUGCUCCUUUCAAGCUUCCAGUCAGACAGCAGCUCAGCUUGAACCAGAAUGGGGGUAUCCAGGUCCAGGACAACCCGGCAUUGGCCAGGAUAAAGAGAGAGCCAGACUCUGGUGAGCACUACCAUCACACUGCCUCCAUGGGUCAUUAUGGCAUGGUUAAUGGUCAGCAGCAGGGUCAGCACUACCCUGGCACUCCCCUGUCCCCUGGCCAAGCAUCCAUCAGCCACUCCACUCAGGCAGCUCUGCAGCAGCACCUUCACUACAAGAGAAACCUCUUCUCUAACCACUCCUCUGGCUUUGGAGCACCAGGCCCAGGUGCACAUAUGGCUUGCCAAAACUUGAAAAAAUGGUGGCCACAGACAGAGGUAGAAGGUUUGCCACAUCUAGCCAUCAAACAGGAGCCCAAGGAACCCAAGAAGAAAAAAAAUCAAGGAUCUCCUGUCAUAAAAGCUAUGAGUGGGAUGCUUACAGGCCCCCCCCUGCCCAAACCCAAACAGAUAAUCAUCAAGAAGACCAAGCAGAAAGCCUCCAUGCCAACCUUCCUGCCUCAAACUCAGAUCUCCGUACAAAAACCAUCAGUCCUCAUGAUGGAAAGAGCCCCGGCCUUGACCGGCCAGCAUAUAAGUUCUCUCCCCCCCCUGCCCCUCCACAAUAACUCCACUCAGGCUGCUGUUGCAGGCCUCCCUGCCCCAGCCCAAUCUCAGGUAUCCAUUUCCAAUUCCUCAAUGACUCCCUCUUCCACUGUUUCUGCUUUGUCAGAAGACACUCCAGCCCUCAUGGGCCCUCUGCCCCCACCUGUGGCCACUGUAGCCCAUGCUAAGCCAGAGGAAGUGGGCAGCCUGGCCUCCAGUAACACCAGCACCACCGCACCUCUGACCUCCACAUCUCCAUCCAACACCUCACAAUUACAGAGUCUGGUCAGCAUAGACCCGAAGUACGAAGAACUGAUCCGCCAGUUUGAGGCUGAAUUUGGGGACUCAGUUGCAGAUGUACCUGCCAGUCAGCCCAUAGAAGAGACUGCAACAGCCCCUCAUCUGAGGAAUCAGUUCCAGACCAGUCCUCAGGACCUCAGUCCCACAUCAAUAUCCACCUCCCAGACUGCUCCCUCAAUUCUUGCCACUCAAGCCAGCUCCACAACUCAUCCAGACGACCAGGAGAUGGAAAACAACAAAGAUGAGUCAGGGACUCAAACUGAAGCAACCUCGAACCAGGCACCCACAGAAAUCCCUAUGGAGGAGGAGCAUGAGGGACCUCCCCAUGGUCCUGUGUUUCAGGAGGCCAUUCUGGACAAGCAGCAUCAACGCCAUGCAUUAGAGGAUACCUUUAGCAUGCCAUGUUCCCCGCUGCCUAAACGCAUGAAGAUCGAAGCCACGGGAGACGUAGCUGUACUUUCCACCACGUGCUAUUCUGAGGAGGACACGCCUACUAAGGACAGUUUGCCCUCAUCUCCAUCUCUAAGAGGCUUCCUAGAGUCUCCUCUGCGCUACCUGGACACCCCUACCAAGAACUUGCUGGAUACUCCUUCAAAGGAUCUACAGGCAGAAUUCCCCACAUGCACCUGUGUGGAACAAAUCCUGGAGAAAGAUGAAGGGCCCUACUACAAUCACUUGGGAUCUGGACCCACUGUAGCCUCCAUAAGAAACCUGAUGGAGACGAGGUAUGGAGAGAAGGGGGAUGCCGUCCGGAUUGAGAAGGUGGUGUACACGGGCAAAGAGGGAAAGAGCUCGCGGGGAUGCCCUAUUGCUAAGUGGGUGAUUCGUCGUGGCAGUGAGACAGAGAAGCUGCUGUGUCUGGUGCGUCACCGUGCAGGUCACCACUGUGCAAACGCUGUCAUCAUCAUCCUCAUUAUGGCCUGGGAAGGUGUCCCGAGGCCCCUGGCUGACAAACUGUACCAUGAGCUUAGUGGCACCCUCACCAAAUUUGGCAACCCCACCAGUCGACGCUGUGGCCUCAAUGAUGAUCGUACCUGUGCGUGUCAAGGCAAGGACCCUGACAGUUGUGGUGCCUCCUUUUCCUUUGGCUGCUCCUGGAGUAUGUACUUUAAUGGCUGUAAAUACGCCCGAAGCAAAAUGCCACGCAAGUUCAGGCUACAAGGAGAUCAUCCUGAAGAGGAGGACAAACUCAGGGAUAACUUCCAACAUCUGGCAACUGAGGUGGCUCCUUUGUAUAAGAGGCUAGCCCCACAGGCCUACAGUAACCAGUGCCUGACAGAGGCUAAAGCUCCAGAGUGCAGGCUGGGUUUAACAGAGGGCCGACCUUUCUCUGGAGUUACUGCUUGCAUGGAUUUCUGUGCCCAUGCUCAUAAGGACCAGCACAACCUCUACAACGGUUGCACAGUGGUGUGUACGUUAACCAAGGAGGACAACCGUAAAGUGGGGGAGAUCCCUGAGGAUGAACAGCUCCAUGUGUUGCCUCUUUACAAGGUCUCACCCACUGAUGAGUAUGGCAGUGAGGAGGCCCAGCGCCUCAAGAUGAAGACAGGAGCCAUCCAAGUGCUUCAGGCUUUCCGCCGAGAAGUACGAAAGUUGCCCGAACCUGCCAAGUCCUGCCGACAACGCCGUCUGGAGGCCAAGAAGGCUGCCUCGGAGAAGAAGAAAAGCAAACUCCUGCAGCAGGCGGGAGGGACACCAGACAAAACAGUGGUCAAGGCUGAGGUCUGCGUCACCGAAUCCCCUCUACCCCAAGGCAAUAAAGCAAUUAUAAAACAAGAGGUGAAGCCCAACAUCAAGAAGGAGCCCUUCAAUGGAUCAAUAGAUGGAUACCCUGUGCAGACAGCAGACCCAUUCAACAACAUCUAUCCACACCCUGCCUACUAUGCAAGGGGAGGCCUCCCCCCACCUGGCCAGCCCUCUGCAGCAGACCCAGUAAACGGUUACCACCAUAAUCUGCCCGCAAUGCACUAUGGCUACUACAACUACCCCCCUAACGCACUUUUCCCCCCUAAGCUGAGGACCUACGAGGGUCGAAAUGGCGGUAAGGCUGUCCAGGUAGACAAGAAACCUGACAUUCAGAGUCUUCAAAGCCUUCAGGCCAGACUGGCCCAGUCCAUUCCUGGCCACCCAGAGCAAACCAACCAAACAAAUCACAGCGCUUACACCCAGCCUCUUGACUACAACCAGUCCCGUCCUUCCUCUGUCUCCUCUGAGCUCUCCAACAGAGGCACUCCAGUCAUCAAACAGGAGCCUAUGGAUGUUCCAGUCUAUGAAGGCGUGGUGCCAAACCAGGCUGGUGCCCACACACCUAGCACCACCCCCCAGCCUGCUGCCUGGCCAGGGCUCAAGCUUAAUGGAAAUAUUGUUCCCACAAGUUGGGACUGCCAUCUAAAUCCUAAACAAAACCCUGAAGCCUCAUUAGUGAACCCAGACAAGCAGCAGUUUCACCAGCAUCCCCAGCAGCGGCAGCCCUCUCCUUACCCCCAGCAGUGGUCACCCUACCCUGGUUCAAAUACCCCGAUGGCUUCCCCUGCCCCUUCACCAUCCCUGCAGAUACCUCCCUCUCCAUCUCCCUCUCCUCACCUAGGCACAGCACUCCCGGGUAACAUACACCAUGGGUCCCCACGCCCUCUAACCCCACGCCCAAGCACCCCUCACCCAGGUACACCACAGCCUGGCACCUCUCACUUAGGCUCAGUUACACCACAGCCAGGCACCCCCAGGCACUGGCCCAGCCCUGCUCCUAGCCCCCAGCCGAAUCCAUGGGCUAUGGGGCCUGCAGCAUAUAGCCCUGGUUUGAAGCACAGCAAUCCUGCAGGAGCCUAUGCUGACAAGAUCUGGGCUAAAACCGGUGAGAGUCGGUGUUCUACUCCCCUUGGGCUUCAAGAGAAGGCCUGGAGGUCUUGUGGAGGUUCAGUGGCAGGCAGUACCCUUUCCCCUGCCCCGGAGGGCCGCCUCUUCCCAGAUGCCCUGCAGCAGUCAAAUCAGGCCUGCUGGGACCCCAGCCGAGCUGAGAGUGAUGUUGAGAGCACCAGGGGUCGUGAAUAUGAUGAUGAUGAGGUGUGGUCUGACAGCGAGCACAACUUCCUGGAUCCAAACAUUGGUGGUGUAGCAGUCGCACCUGCUCAUGGCUCCAUCUUGAUUGAAUGUGCGCGUCGGGAACUACAUGCCACCACUCCACUCAAAAGGCCUGAUCGUUCCCACCCCACCCGCAUCUCCCUGGUCUUCUACCAGCACAAGAACCUCAACCAGCCCAUGCAUGGCCUGGCUCUAUGGGAGGCCAAAAUGAAGCUACUGGCAGAGCGAGCACUCCAGAGGCAGCAGGAAGCAGCUCUCCUUGGCCUCUCCCAGGAAGACAUCAAGGCCCUCAGCAAGAAACGUAAGUGGGGUGCUACAAUGGCAGGGGCCAGUCCAGGACCUGGACAAUCAAAAGACAAGAGAGAGGGGCCAGUGACGCGGUUAGCCCCCACGUUCCACACCACCUCUAUGGUUACUGUGUCUCCCUAUGCCUUCACCCGCCUCACUGGGCCCUACAGCCACUUUGUCUGAGGUCAGACAGACACAAACAGACCGAUAACUAUGGAGUGGUGCAGUGGAGGGCUGGAGAGUGUGUUGAACAGGAUGAAUGUCUCUCAGCCGUCCCGCAGUCUGGCAUCUCUCCAUCCUGCCCCCUCCGCAGUCCACUUAGAGGAGGGGACAUUUUUAUUGUUUUUUACCUCAUGUCAGGCAGUGGUUUGGGCUUCAGACACACUGCCUGUGGUGCUCUUCCUCUCUCUUCCCUGGAGAGGAACUCCAUUGCUUUUUCUUGUUUAUAGAAUUUUAAUGAUUCUAAUUAUUGCUAUUAUUAUCAAUAUUAUGAUUGCUAUUGUUACUGUCAAUGUUGUUAUUACAGGUAUUAUUAUAAUGAAGACUUGUUUGUUUUUUAUUAUUGCUGUUUUCAUUAAUGUUAUUAUUAAUGAUGUGAUUGUUUUUGGUUAUAUAUUUUUUUAAAUCAAUUAGUCUGAGUCAGUCAGACUCAGACAUUUCCUUUUUCCAUGUUUGGAAAAUGUGUACCCUUUUUUCCUUUGUUUUUGUGUUAAUCUUCCAGCUGUAGGGGAGGAGUCAUUAUCUGCCUGGCAGGACAGCAAAUCAAUACUAAACAAAUAUUUAAAAAGCCUUUCCUGUAGGCUUGCCUUAGAUAUUUAUCUCUAUAUUGACUAUAUACAGAUAUGUAUCUUUUAUUU